UGCUCAAACUUCAAGAAUUUCAUAAUAAGAAGACAAGGUUACACAAAACAGUGUCAGAGUGUUAUACAGUGUUGUUAUACAGUGUAUUACACUUAGAUAGUCUAUAACACUUGACAUGUGAUACACUUGAAAGAUACUACUAGGCUAUAUGUCAGAUAUUGUGCGCUAGAUUAUUGACAACGCUUGGGAUUGGCUCAAAUAUGUGAUAUUUAUAGUGCUGUUUUCAUCCGUGAUAAAACAUAGACUGAUUACCUAAUGGUCAUAUAUGAAUACGAUAACUACCGAGUGGGAAAGGGGAAAUUAACUUCUUGAUUACGAGUUCCGAGGAAAACCUGAAAAGAUGUGGACAUCUUCGCAAAAAUCAUUGAUUGCUCCCUUUGUUGUCACCCCCUAUCAAAAAAGAAUUAACAGAAAAAAUACAGAAUGGUCUACGUAUUCUCGCCAUGGAACAAACCAGUCGUGCAAACAUGGCAAAGUUCAGCAGCCAUUAACGCGUAUUGUUAUUACCUUUUCGCAAGGUCAAGUUGUUGGUGUGAAUCGUGCAGAAGCUAUUUCACGUAUAAUGGGUAAUUUUAAAGACUGUGAAGCAAUAUUUAUGUCCAAAGUUGGUGUGUAUUUGUUGUUUGAAAUUCCACAAUCCAUCAAGGACAUGAAAACCAGAGGCCUGUUUAAACAACAAGGCCUUUUUGACGAUAUAAAUUCGACAGAGUUUAUCAUUUGGCGACAAAAUGGAUCAGGUUAUUUAAUUUCUCAAGAUAACGCAGACAGUUCUGUUUCAUUCAAACGUUUACGAGCAUAUCUCGGCGAUUUUCGAAAUUCUAUCUGUGUACAGUUUCACGAUUUGAAAGGGGAGGAGCCUGUUAAAUCGUUAGAUGCCGCUCCCGAAAUACCGUUGCCGUUGCAUCAGCGUCUGUUUCCGAAUGAACGAAAACAAUACGUUUGGACAACAUACCCGGGAAUCUCAAAGGAAAGACUUGACAGCGAGAAAGCUGAAAUUGUAACAUCAGGAAGUAGUUUUGAUGCGCGCACAAUACAAGUCAAAAGGGAAGAAGAUAGCUCGCAUAACAACGUUGCUAAUUCUCUAGCCGAUUCGGCAAAGAACAUACCGGAAUCAUUAUCAGAUAACAGAGGUUAUAUUAGUAAAGUUAUCGUGGGCUCGCCGUCCAAUAUAAAUGUCUCGCGAUAUGUGUCUCAUAGUGAACAAUGGCCCACACAUUCACAGGAUGUCAGAAAGCCUCCACGAUACCCGCGGUAUACUAUAGAACGAAAUCGGGUUGAGUCCUUCUCCCAUUGGCCACAUGAUAAACCUACGCCAAAGGAAUGUGUCGAGUCUGGCUUCUUUUAUACUGACGAUGGUGAUAUGAUAAGGUGUUUCCAAUGCGGCAUUGGUCUGAAAGACUUUAGUACUGAGGACAAACCCAUGAAUGAACACAUUAAGCAUUCAGGAACGUGUCAAUAUCUUCUUAAUCUGUUUGGAGCGGAGGAGCUAAAAUAUAAACGGGAUCAAUUAGAAACCAUCGACCCAGAUAAUAUACGGUGUCGCCAAUAUGCAGAAUUCCAAAGGAAUCGAGGAACAGUUUCCGGAAAUCGGACCGAUAGAAAUCCUGAGUACAAAACAUUUGAGUCACGAAUUGUAUCCUAUGAGAGCUCCAACUUCCGUUGUGCUAAAAGACCAUAUCAAUUAGCUGAAGCCGGUUUUUUCUACACAGGCGUUGGGGACCACGUUAGGUGUUUUUCUUGUAAUGGGGGAUUACGAAACUGGGAGAUCAAUGACGAUCCGUGGACUGAACAUUGCAAAUGGUUUCCUGCGUGCAAAUUUGCAAACGAAACUAAAGGGGAGACCUUCAUUGAGCACAUUCAGCAGAUGGACAAACCUGCAACGGCAAUGAUGAAUUCUGCAGCAAGUUCAUCCGCUACAACUUACCCCAUAAAUCGCGAUCAGGACCUUGUUGCCAUAAAGAUCGCGUGCAUAGAAGAAAUGGGAUUCGGCGAAGAUGUUUUCGAUAAAGCAGUCUAUCAAUUGAAGCGUGAAGGAUAUAAUCACCCUCAAAUAGAUGACGUCAUAAAUCGUAUUGCUUUGAUUCAAACUGAAAUGAACCGGACUGUUGCUGAAAGUUCGAAUACAUCCGAGGCAAUACAAGAAGAAAAUCAACGUCUAAAGAGCAUGCUGAUAUGCUGCAAAUGUUCCACAAGAAACACCAAUGCGUUGUUUCUCCCAUGCGCCCAUCACGUGAUGUGCAUGGAAUGUGCAAGUGAUGUGAUCAGAUGUCCUGUUUGUAACAGGGGCAUUAGUGAUACCGUCAGGACCUACAUGGGAUAAACUGGUUAAUUUUAAUUAGACAAAUAGUCGCCAAUCGGAUCAAUACAUUUUGAUCAAAUACCCACUUUGACCUUAGUAGUCAUAUUUAAUUUGUUAACAGUAUCUACACGAUUUUGAAAAUAAAUUGCAUUCGGAAUGUACAAAUAUGUAAUUACCCCUGUCCUGAUAAAAUGAUAUUGUUCCAUAAUUAAGACGACCAUGUCGAUAACGAUGAAAUGUUUUUAUAUUGAGUGUAUUUCGUUAUCUCACUAUAUUGUUUUAUCAAGCCUUAAACAUGGAAUUAAUAAUAAUACAUCGAUCAUAAUUAAUCUGGUAUCAUGCGGCUUGUUUUGAAGAUUUACGUACAUGGUUUCACUAAGUCGUGUUUACUGGCAAUAAAUAAACCUAACUGAUAAUGAGAACAAUUAAUUCAUCCUAAGACACUGAUUCGAAGCGAAGUAUUAUAAACAUACAUCUCUUCGAAACAACUUCGUUUUUGUCUAUAAACGGGUACACAUAUAUUACGUGCAGACAUUCAUUCGAACGAAUAAUGAUACCAAACACAAUGUCGUCCGAAAAAUCAGUUGCUGUAACUUAGCAUUAUUGUUAGUUUGAUUGAAGAAGUUUGAGUUGCGGAAAUGUGUAUUCCUACUGAUUUCCAUUCUUUGCAAUGCACGAUGUAAUAUACGCAUAAUUGUUUAAAAUAUAAAAUCCAUAAUAUCAUUCUAAAUGACAUCUUUUACAGCUGACGUAUUGUUGAAUAUAACAAAUAUAUAUAAUUUUAGAAUACAAAAACCUGUAAGUGUAUGUUACUUAUCAAAAAUAUGUUUUGAACAUUGCGUUUGUUUAUAGAGGUUGUAAUCUUCACAAAAUAUGUAAUAUAGAGCAUAAAACAUUCAUUAUAAAACUAAUUACAAAUAAUAAGCAUACAUAGAUGUUCUUCUUAGCACAAUGUGAUUUUAGUGCAAACAUUAAAUUAAUGUAAUAAAGUGAUCGCAAUUUGUAUUGAUGGUUGAUAACAAUUAAGCUUGUAUAUAUACUCUCUGCAACGUCAACCACACGAUUGCGUUUGUAAUUUUUGCAACCUGACAUAUGCGUAUUAAAGAUUCUGACUUGUGUGACAAAUCUUUAAUCCGUAAAUUAUGUAUGUACUAGCAAAUGAAGACUUUUUCAAAACAAGCGUCACUUUUGUUUGUAUGCACUUUUACGGUAAUGGGCAUGCACAAUAACGAGACACGAUGUUAGAAUAGCUGUAUACUUUUCAGGUAAUCUUCUGUUUGUAUGAGGGUCUAAGGUACUUUUUGUAUGCCUUCGUAAAUAUUCGUUGGCUGAAUGUUUUCCAACGAUGUUCAAAUACAAUAUAACAAAGUCUUGCGAUAUCAUGUGGCAACGUUCAUUGUAAUGAAGGGCUGCACGCAUACACAUAUUUUAAUCUUAUUUUUCUGAAAAAUGAAAUCAUUCCUCAAAACAUUCUUUGCUUAUUCAACUAAUGAUCACAUGAUAAUACUUAUAUGCAGUUGUAUCAUACAUAAACUAGUAAAUAAAUAGUAUACCAUCAAUUCACCAAUUAAUCGUACUAAUGGUGUGGACGUUUGCCAUCGGACUACUUGUUGUAUUAUGUGUAUGUAAAUGAAUAAAUAAAAUAAAGAUGAAAACUUG